AUGGCUACUCCAUCGACCCAGAACUCACCCUACAAGCUGCGAAACAGCGGCGACCGCCUGUUCUUCGAAAAGAACGGGGAGACUAUAUCCCCCUGGCACGAUAUCCCGUUGUUUGCAGACAGCGAGAAUAAAACGGUGAACAUGGUCGUUGAGAUUCCGCGGGCGACUAACCCGAAAAUGGAGGUCUCCAAAGACGAACAGUACAACCCUAUCAAGCAGGACGUUUCUAAAGGAAAGCCCAGGAUGAUUGCCGAUGUGCCCCCGUUCAAGGGCUACCCUUGCAACUAUGGUGCAUUGCCUCAGACCUGGGAAAGCCCCGACAUAAACGACACCAAAACCGGAAUCCCAGGAGACGACGACCCACUAGAUGUCUGCGAGAUUGGGGAUAGAGAGUCCUAUUGCGGGGAAGUCAAACGAGUAAAGCCGCUCGGCGCCUUUGCGGUUCUGGAUGAAGGAGAGACGGACUGGAAAGUUGUGGCGAUUGAUGUGAAUGAUCCGCUGGCCCCGAAACUAUCUGAUAUCCAAGAUGUGGAGGAUUCGUUCCCGGGAUAUCUUGAUUCGCUGAAGACUUGGUAUCGCGUGUACAAGGUUCCGGAUGGGAAGCCGGAGAACGAUAUUGCUCUUGGGGGGAAGGUAGAGGGCAGUAAAUUUGCGUUCGACCUGAUAGAGCGCUGCCGCGCUGAAUGGGAGAAGUUCCGGAAGGGUUAUCCUGGUUGA